GACAUCCAAAACUAGAUGGCUUCAGAUUUCAGAAAUUUUGUUAUUGUACUGUAAUAAAUUAAAAUAUUAGUAUUAAUAUGUGGCUUCAAUCUUUAGCUCCUAAAACCUUUCUUGGACGAAUCUCCUUAAAAAAGGGUGCCACUAUUAUUGGAUUUUUCAUGCUAUGUAUCAGCAUAAUUUGCGUGAUCAGCUUGGCAGUGGAGAUCGUGUACUACAAGCAAUGCAUUGACUGCACUGUUCUGGUGAUGCACAACGCGUACAGUUUCAGCAUCAACGCUAUCAUAUACUGCAUCUUCAUGAUCUUCAUAAACGUGUGGUUUAUUUGGGGAGUAAAGCAUUCUAAAUCUUCGGUGGUGCUGAGCUGGGUGGUGAUAAGUGGUAUGUGGUGGGCUCAGUCCCUGUUCUUGGUGCUGGUGCUCCUCUGCAUGUACAUCACAGAUACAAGCCUCGGUUGGAUGGUGGCUUUGGGUUGCGCCCUCAUUGCUUUCAUGAUAUUCGCGUACUGCAUAAUGGUUGUUUACGGCUACUGGCUGGAGAUAAGAAAAACGUCAUCGACUCCAGCGUCUGAAACUAUUGAAUAAAGCUCUUAGCAAAUUGGAAAGCUA